AUGGAGGAAUAUCAUUGCUAUGCAUACCCACAAAUUACUGUUUCCAAUGUUAUACCAGAAAUUCCACCUAAUUCCGAUGGAGAACAAGAAUUCAACGUCAAAUUUGAACGCUCGAACGGUUGUUGCAAAGUUUUACGCUACAACUUUCAAAAAGUACCGAAGGAAGAAAUAAUGGAUAAAACAUCCAUCUUGUCUUGGCUUACUUUCAUGGAUGUGCCUAGCGCGGCUCAGAGUCUUGUGUUGGAAGAUGUGAUGCAAUGCGCGCGUGAGAUGCUUGAUGACCCGGCUAACACACGCAAACAAGUUCUGCAUAUGUGCGUGGAUCUGACUAUCAUUCGUGAAAAUGAAGAUGAAACGAAUGAUAGCAACGAUGACACCACCACUACUGAAGAGGAUGAGGAUGAAAAUGAUGAUAUAAACGAAGAAAAUGACGAAGAUUAUGGGUUGGUACCUGCGGCUAAGACAGUGAUCGAAGGUUUGAAGAUCGUGAAAGAAAAUGAGAAGAAAAGGUGUGCGAUUUGUUUUGAGGAUUUUGUUGUUGGUGUUCGCAUGGCUUGUAUGCACAUGUUUCACAAAAACUGUAUCAGCGAGUGGUUGAAAAUAGGUCAUUCAUGUCCUUUGUGUCGUUUUCAAGUACCUACUACUUCCAGCGAUUGA